ACUCAAGUUUGAACAUAUCAUGUGUGCUGGUGGAAAGUUGCAAGGAAUGUCGAAACUACAGCCUGGCUCAACCUAUGGAGUUCAAAAGAGACAUGGCAGUUGUUCCCUGUGCUCAGCAGGCCCCGGGCAAGGCAGAAAUGUAGAUGGCAGCCACUGUCUUUGAAGGACUCGCACCCAUCUGACCCUGCGCAGCACCUCCGACUGCUACCAUGAUCUUCUGCAUGCUGCUGUUGGCCUCACUGCCUGAGCCAUCUGGCACCGAAGUCAACCCUGCCAUAUGCCGUUACCCUUUGGGUAUGCAUGAAGGGACGAUACGAGAUGAAGACAUCACUGCUUCCAGCCAGUGGUACGAUUCCACAGGACCCCAGUAUGCACGGCUACAAAGGGAAGAGGGGGAUGGAGCCUGGUGUCCGGCUGGCUUGUUGCAACCCGAAGAUGUACAGUUCCUUCAAAUUGACCUGCACAAGCUCUUUUUCAUCACCUUGAUUGGGACUCAGGGACGGCAUGCCCGUGCCACAGGCAAAGAAUUUGCUCGUGCUUACCGACUUGACUAUAGCCGCAAUGGAGAGCGCUGGAUCUCCUGGAAAGAUCGUCAGGGCAGGAAGGUGAUCCAAGGCAACAUUGAUACUUACGAUGUGGUCUUGAAAGAUCUUCGGCCUCCCAUCAUUGCACGUUUUAUCCGGGUGAUUCCUGUGACGGAGAUGCCAAUGACUGUCUGUAUGAGAGUGGAGCUCUAUGGCUGUGUCUGGUAUGAUGGUUUGGCAUCCUAUAGCAUCCCCGAAGGAGGGACAAUAGCGGCUCCUGGCUUCCCCAUCGUUUAUCUGAAUGACUCGACCUAUGAUGGCUACCAGGAGCGCAGGCACUUGUACGGCGGUCUGGGCCAACUGACGGACGGUGUGCUGGGACUGGACGAUUUCACGCAGAGCCACCAGUACCGUGUGUGGCCAGGCUAUGACUAUGUUGGCUGGAAGAAUGAGAGCUUCAGCACGGGCUCUGUUGAAAUGGAGUUCCAGUUUGACCGACCACGGAACUUCACCUCCAUGAAGGUACAUUGUAACAACAUGUUUUCCAAGGGGGUAAAGAUCUUCCAAAAGGUGGAGUGUCUGUUCAAACCACGCCUGAUUGCAGACUGGGAGUCUGAACCCGUUGGAGUGGCAACUGUCUUAGAUGACAAAAACCCCAGUGCUAGGUUUGUGACUGUCCCCCUCAAUCAGCGUGUAGGUAAAGCCAUACUUUGCCGCUUCUACUUUGCUGACACCUGGAUGAUGAUGAGCGAGAUUUCCUUCCAGUCAGACAUGGAGAGCGUGAAUCCUAAUUUUGUUACGGUAGCCACAAGCACAGUGGAUCUCCUGGAAACAGAGUGCAAUGCUACUGAGGGGACCUGGGAAACCACAUCUUCUGUAACCAGCACCUGGAUAGGAGAGAAAGCAGAUGACUCCAAUACCUCCAUCCUCGUGGGCUGCCUUGUGGCUAUUAUUCUUCUGCUCUUGAUGAUUAUAUUCAUUAUUCUUUGGAAGCAAUAUGUUCAGAAAAGGUUGGAAAAGGCCCCACGUCGAAUCCUGGAGGAGGAUGCCACAGUUCGCCUCUCCUUCUACAGCUACACCAUUGCCAACAACCAGACCCAGAUCCACCAGUCAAAUCCUACCUAUGAACGUGCUUUCCCACUGGAUUUGGAAUAUCAUCAGCCAGCUACGCUGCUUCAAAAGCUUCCAGAGCUCUCCCAAAGUGCAGAGGAUUCAGUGUGCAGUGGGGACUAUGCCGAGCCUGACCUGACCAAGUCCACCCCUCACCAAGGCUUUCAGAACAAUGUUCCUCACUAUGCCGAAACAGAUAUUGUCCACCUGCAAGGUGUGACCGGUAACAACAUGUACGCAGUCCCAGCCCUCACUGUGGAUUCUCUUACCAAGAAGGACAUCUCAGUGGGUGAAUUCCCACGACAGCAGCUACGGCUCAAGGAGAAGCUGGGAGAAGGACAGUUUGGAGAGGUGCACCUUUGUGAAGCUGACGGCCUGCUGGAAUUCCUGGGAGUCUCAUCUACAGAAUUCACGCACCAGCCAGUUCUUGUAGCAGUGAAAAUGCUGAGAUCAGAUGUCAACAAAACAGCCAGAAAUGAUUUCCUGAAGGAGAUCAAGAUCAUGUCGCGGCUGAAGAACCCAAAUAUUAUCCGGCUUCUGGGGGUGUGUGUGCGUGAUGACCCACUGUGCAUGAUAACAGAGUACAUGGAAAAUGGAGACCUCAAUCAGUUCCUGUCACAGAGGGAAAUCUACAGCAAAUUUGCCAUUUCAAACAAUAUUCCCUGUGUCAGCUACUCUAACCUGCUGUACAUGGCCACUCAGAUUGCCUCUGGAAUGAAGUAUUUAGCAUCUCUGAAUUUUGUGCACAGAGAUCUGGCAACUCGUAACUGCCUGGUGGGGAACAACUACACCAUUAAGAUUGCAGACUUUGGCAUGAGCAGGAAUCUUUACAGUGGGGAUUACUACCGUAUCCAGGGAAGAGCCGUACUGCCCAUACGUUGGAUGGCCUGGGAAAGCAUCCUCCUGGGCAAGUUCACCACAGCCAGUGAUGUCUGGGCCUUUGGGGUCACCCUCUGGGAGAUGUUCAUACUGUGUAAGGAGCAACCUUACAGCCUCCUCUCAGAUGAGCAAGUCAUCGAGAACACAGGAGAAUUCUUCCGGAGCCAGGGCAGGCAGCUGUCACGAUGCUUAGAAAGCCUCAUGGGUUGUCUACGAUCUAUCUCUCCCAGACUCCUCUGUGUCCUAACCCUGUGUUUGACCUGAUGCUGAAAUGUUGGAGCAGGGAUAUAAAAGAUCGUCCCACUUUUGACAUGAUUCACCACUUCCUGCUAGAACAAAUGGAAUCAAACAUUUGACUCCAGAAAGAGACAAACUGUUGAGAACAGAGUACCUUUGGUGUCUCUGCCUGUCCCUCACAGGCCACCUUGCUCUCCUCCCUUGACUGUACCGUAUUUAAGUUGAGACGUCCAUGGCAGCUGCUCAUUCUAUUGGCCAUGGUCUGACACACAGGACCAGAGGAUCUCGUUUGGUUGAAAAAUCAUCUCCUCUUCUGAGUCAUUUCCUGGGAAUACUGUGAGAGGGGUUUUGUUAGAUACCCGUACACCUUUGGGCAAAACAAAUGAGUAAAACUUUAAGGGACUUGGAGCUCUCUCUUGAGUGGAAUAGAAAGCUACCAGUCGGUGCGAGCGCUACCACUCCAGAACAGAUUUUUAGAAGUAAAGACUUCAGUCUUCUGAAACUAUUCCAUGAAAUCAAAUGGAAGUCUUGUGCACAUUAGCAAGUGUUUCUGUAUGCUCUUGCUACAGACAAUAUGUGUAGUGAGAGACUAGAAAUGUCUAGAGCUAGGAAAUGAUUUAAUGGACUUGAGAACUGAUGGAGCCUUUAGCAGCCCUUUGGAAGUAACACUACCGGGGUCUACGGAGGAUGCUGAUACAAGAGUCCAAGAUCAUGUUCUUUUUUUUCCUGUGGUUGUUAAGCACUGCUUUUGUUAUAUAUGUGCGUUUUCCCCACACUGGAUUUUUUUCUAGAAAAAGUUUUGAAAAUGAAUGUUAAAGGUCAUAGGAAGGUCACUGCGGUAGAAGAUCUUCUUUUGACCUACAAAUUAAGGCUAGGGUAGGGAGUUUGUAUUGAAAAGUAGCUGAUACUGUACUACUGUCACUAUGUAGAUUUAUUAGCCUAAUGAACUUGUAGCCACAAUGGACUGAUGUGCAAUUAAUCCUGUAUAAGUACCCAUUAAUAUGAGAUCUCUAAGUCAAUGCUGUUACAUGUGCAGAGGGAACUUAGACUUGGUGAAGGCGAAUGGCUGAGAGCGGAACCCGCUAUGUCACUUGUCACAGCUCACGCGAGAGGAAAAGGAGCAGAGGACGGGUCGUCCCCCGGCACGCGCGCUCGCGUACGCGUGUCUGGCACCAGCGGUUCCCCUUCAGCCCGGGCUCCUUUGCUGCCGUGCUCAGCUCUCCCGUCGGGAGAUGGGACCGACAUAUCUCCUUAGUUUGGGUUGGGGUUUUAUUUCGGAUGCUCCCUGCACAAUGCAAGACCAUUUACUCAUUGAACUUGAGGCUGGUUUUUGUUCGUCGUGUCACAAACGGCUCAUUCUCUGGAGGGUUUCGGAGGGCUCUGCAAUCCAUUUGGAGUGAGUUAGAGAAUGCAGCUAGUUUCUACAAUAAAUCCAUUGUGGAUUUACCAGGUGCCUGGGGAAUACUCUGCUAUUCCCUCUCUAAUCAUUUAGCAAGAUACUUGGGACCAAACCAAAUAUUGCAUAAGCUGGGAGAAGAUGAAAGCUCAGCACUUGGCUUUUUUUUAAGCAGCAUCCAGCAUAGCAUAUAUUUCCAGUAAAGGUUAUAAAGAUAAUUUUUAUCUUCGCCACAAGCAUAGUGUGAAUGGCUGUCUGUGCUAUGAGCUCUCUAAGAGGGCACUGCUGAGAGAGGGAAUGUCAGAACAGUUAUAAUAUGAGGAUAACUUAUGUUAUGGAUUGGCAGCUGCCAGGAUGGAGCAUAGCAUGGCCGUGUCUGCCCCUCGGGCAGAGCAAACUCUGUCGUGAAGUUUCCCAGUUGCAGCUCCCACGGUGGGACUGUGCCCGGGCUGUCCCGCUGCAGACCUGGCCGCGUGUAGGCGGCCGCAUCCGAGCUGGUCCCCUGAGCCCCCUCCACGUGCGAAGGAGCCAGCGGGCCCAAGUCAGCUCAUCUCCCUGCGAGGGCUACACGGGCUUGGGUGAAUCUCACCCCCAAAUAGGUAUUUUUUUUUUUCUCCUUUGCCAAGGGAGGCGCAGGGUGAGCUGCCGUUACACGGGUGCACCAUCUGUCUGGAGCUGGGCGAUGGGAGUCAGCGCGGUCCCUGCUGCAGCCUGUCGGGCACUGGUGGCUGGCAAACCACGCGUCGAUUGUAUUUCUGGAGUAUUUCUAUCCUGUCCCAGAAAAUGUACCCAAGUAAUGCACAGCUGUGUGCGUGAUCUCCUGUACUUCAGAGUUUAGAGAUACCAGAGCGCUGUAACGUCACCUGGAUGGGCUUUGUACUUCUGUUACGUCAGGAUGUGCUGUUCCUCCAUUGACAUGUUGACAUACGAAGUUUCUCUCGUAUCAAUAAAUUCUAAUGAUAACCUUGA